AUGUCCCAACAAAGAGCCUACAAAGCCUUCCCGGGCUCCUCCGCCUUCUCCGACUUCCGCCUCGCCCGCCUCGCCAAAGCCAUCGGCGCCAAGGACCUCCACGCGAUAUGGGUCCACUACGUCGCCUCGCAAGACGAACUCUCGGCGGAACAGACUGAGACUCUGGAGCAGUUGCUGGAGUAUGGGAGGUAUCCGGAUUCGACGGAUGAGUUGUAUGGUGUUUUGAGGAAUGCGGUGGUGCGUGGGAGCCGGCCGGAGAGGGGCGCGGUGGAGGUUUUUUAUGUGGUGCCGAGGGCCGGGAGUAUUUCGCCGUGGAGUUCGAGGGCGACGGGGAUUGCGGAAGUGUGUGGGUUGGGGGGUGUGGUGGGGAGGGUGGAGAGGGGGGUGGUUUUUGCGGUGAGGUUUGAGGGGAAGGGUGGAGAGGGGGAUGUGGGUGGGGUGUUGAGGAAUGCGGAUGCGUUGCAUGAUCGUAUGACGGAGAGUAUUGGCAUGGAUCCACCGGAUUUGGGGAAGAUGUUUGCCCAGGCGCCUCCCGCGCCGUUGCAGAAGGUGCAGUUGCUGCAGAAUCCUGCCGGCCCGCGCGCGGCGCUGGAGGAGGCGAAUAGGACUCUGGGCCUGGCGCUUGAUGGAAGUGAGAUGGAGUAUCUCAUUGAUGCGUAUACGAACAAGUUGCAGAGGAACCCGACGGAUGUGGAGCUGUUUAUGUUCGCGCAGGUCAACUCGGAGCAUUGCAGGCAUAAGCAGUUCAAUGCCAAGUGGACGAUUGAUGGGGUGGAGAAGGAGAAUAGCCUUUUUGGCAUGAUUCGGAAUACGCAUAAGAGACAUCCGCAGCAUGUCAUUUCUGCUUACUCGGAUAACGCUGCGGUGCUGCAGGGUUACAAUGGAAGUCUCUGGGCGCCGGAUCAGUUUGCUGGGGAGUGGAAGCAGACGAAGGAGAUGGUGCAUUACCUGGCCAAGGUGGAGACUCAUAACCACCCAACAGCUGUAUCGCCGUAUCCUGGAGCCGCUACGGGAUCUGGAGGUGAGAUUCGGGAUGAAGGUGCUGUGGGAAGGGGUUCCAAGCCGAAAGCAGGUCUGGCUGGUUUUACGGUGUCGGAUCUUCUCAUUCCGGAUCAUAGGCAGCCGUGGGAACUUGACAUUGGACGACCGGCUCACCUGGCGAGUAGUCUGGAUAUUAUGCUGGAGGCGCCGAUCGGAAGUGCUGCGUUUAACAAUGAGUUUGGCAGGCCGUGCACUACUGGGUAUUUCAGGACACUGUCUAUGGAAGUCCCAGUCGGUGAUGGAAAGACUGAAGUGAGAGGAUACCACAAGCCUAUCAUGAUCGCAGGCGGUGUCGGUACUGUCCGACCAGACAAUGCGCUGAAGACAGAUGGAUCUGUCGAUGUUGGGGCUCACAUGGUCGUCAUUGGUGGUCCUGCUAUGCUCAUCGGUCUUGGUGGAGGUGCAGCUUCAAGUGUCCAGUCCGGCGAAGGCAGCGUCGAUCUCGAUUUCGCUAGUGUGCAGCGUGGCAAUGCCGAAGUGCAGCGACGCGCGCAAGAAGUCAUCAACACUUGUACUUCGCGAGGCGCUGAGAGUCCGAUCCAGUUCAUCCACGAUGUCGGAGCUGGCGGACUAUCGAACGCGCUACCCGAGCUCGCACACGACUCUGGACACGGUGCUACAUUCGAGUUAAGGGAAAUCGACAACGCUGACCCAAGCCUCAGUCCGCUGCAAAUUUGGUGCUGUGAGGCGCAGGAGCGCUACGUUCUGGCCGUCGCGCCGGAUAAGCUGGAUGCGUUUAAGAGGAUCUGUAAGCGUGAGCGCUGUGGUUACUCUAUCGUUGGCAAGGCACAGACGGAGAAGAGACUCGUGCUUAUGGACAGGGAUGCAAAGGAUGGCUCUGAUGCUAGGCCGAUCGACUUGCCUAUGGACGUGCUAUUUGGCAAGCCGCCGAAAAUGCACAGGACUGUGGAGUCGAGGAAGCUGGUAUUGCCGUCUUUUGACAGUAGUCUGGCGACUUACCUUCCGAAAGAGCCUGCUACUUCGACAGCGGUGCUCAACAAUGCUGUGGAGAGGGUGCUGUCAUUGCCAUCAGUCGGCUCGAAGUCUUUCCUCAUCACGAUCGCGGAUCGCACAGUCGGUGGUCUGACAAUUCGCGACCAGAUGGUCGGCCCAUGGCAGACACCAGUGGCUGACGUCUCCGUCACUGCUACUUCGCUCACUCCCGGCAUUGUCACCGGAGAGGCCAUGGCAAUGGGCGAGAAACCUCUGUUGGCUUUGAUCUCGGCCGCUGCUUCAGCUCGUAUGUCGGUUGCUGAGUCGUUGCUGAACCUCGCAGCAGCGGGUAUCCAAGGCAGGCUGAAGAAGGUCAGUCUUUCUGCCAACUGGAUGGCUGCUAGCAGUCAUCCUGGCGAGGGUGCUGCGCUUUACGAGGCUGUUGAGGCCAUUGGCAUGGAUCUAUGCCCAGAGCUUGGGGUCAGUAUUCCCGUCGGCAAGGAUUCGAUGUCGAUGAAGACGAAGUGGGAGGACAAGGAAGUGACUGCACCACUUUCGCUUGUCAUCUCUGCGUUCGCGCCCGUCAAUGAUCUUAGCAGUACUUGGACACCUGCUUUGCGCCGAUCUGAGGAUGUCGGCGAGACUCUCCUCAUGUUCGUCGAUCUUGCCGGCGGCAAGAAGGCGAUGGGUGGCUCAGCUCUGGCUCAGACCUUUGGCCAGGUUGGUAACUCGGCGCCUGAUGUCCAUGAUGUGGAUUAUAUCAAGGACUUCUUCCAUGCUGUUGAGCAGUUGCAUGAGUCAGACAUUGUUCUGGCCUACCACGACCGCUCUGAUGGUGGCCUCUUCACCACUCUGAUUGAGAUGAUGUUCGCCGGACGUUGUGGUAUGGAUCUCAUGCUGGAUCGCAUCGUCACUUCUGGCCGGCCAAAGGAUGUCAUCGAGACUCUGUUCAACGAAGAGCUUGGCGCAGUUUUCCAAAUCCGCAAGAAGCACGAAAAUGUCUUCCGCGGUGUCUUUGCCCCAAUGUCACCAAUUACAAUCGCGACAGUACCGAAAGCCUCGAAGCAAGAACUCUCCAUCCACUACGGCGCAGACUGCAUUUACCGCGCCUCACGCAAAGAGCUUCAGCAGAAGUGGCAUCACACAUCCUGGGCGAUGCAACGGCUGCGAGACAACCCAGAGUGCGCCGAUGUCGAGAAAGUAAAUCUCGAAGAUGACAAAGACCCGGGACUCCAAUACAAGCUUUCCUUCAAGCCCGAAGAGAACAUCAUGCCCUGGGGCUCCACCCUCAACACAAUCGGCAUCCGCCAAAAGCCCCGCGUCGCCAUCCUCCGCGAACAAGGUGUCAACGGCCAAGCAGAAAUGGCCUUCGCCUUCUCCGUCGCCGGCUUCAGCCCCAUCGACGUCCACAUGACCGACAUUCUCUCCGGCAGCUUCUCGCUCGCAUCCUGCGUAGGUCUCGCAGCAUGUGGUGGCUUCUCCUACGGUGACGUGCUAGGUGCUGGCCAGGGCUGGUCGAAGAGUGUGCUCCUUCACGAGGCGACGCGGAACGAGUUCAAGAAUUUCUUCGAGAGGAAGGAUACCUUCGCCCUGGGAGUUUGCAAUGGAUGUCAGUUCUUGUCGCGGUUGACGGAGAUUAUACCUGGUGCGGAGAAUUGGCCGACGUUCGAGAGGAAUGUGUCAGAACAGUAUGAGGCGAGGGUGUGUAUGGUUGAGGUGACAAACCCGCCGAACCAACCUCCCUCCGUCUUCCUACACGGAAUGGAAGGAUCGCAUCUCCCUAUCGUCACCGCCCACGGAGAAGGACGAGCGCAAUUCUCCACUGGCGCUUCCUCGCCCAAGGCUCUCAUCGACCAGGGUCUUGUGUCGAUGAGGUACGUGGACAACUACCUCAAGCCCACAGAGCGGUACCCCUUCAACCCGAACGGUAGCCCAAUGGGUAUCACUGGUGUACGAACGCCAGAUGGGAGAGUACUGGCAUUGAUGCCGCAUCCGGAGAGGACGAUUUUGAAGGAGGUCGCGAGCUAUUUGCCGGCUGAGCAGGCUCAGGAGUGGGGCGAGUAUGGGCCUUGGACGAGGAUCUUCAAGAGUGCUAGACGGUGGGUUGGGUAG